CGUCUUCGUACUGAAAACGGAUUAUUGUUACAACGUUUAACUCGUUUAGAAGAGGAAAGUGAAGUAAUGGCUGAUCGUUUAGUCAAAUGUCAAUUAAUUCGAGCACAAGAAGCUGAAGCCACUAUAGCAUUACGUUGUGAACUAGCCAUAUUAAAACGUGAAUAUACAAAUUUGACAUUGAAUUCUCAUGUGCCACCACCUAUACAAAACAAUGCAAAUGAUACUACUGAUCAUAAUCAUAAUAAUAAUAUUAAUAAUAAUGAUAAUACGGAAAACAUUGAAUCACAACAUAAAUUGAUGCCAGUAAGUUUUGAUGCUUCUUAGAAUGACCAUGUUUUUUAAAAGAAAGUUGUUCUUGACAGUUGUAUUGUAUUACGGGGUUGUGA